CGAUAACCUCUUUCUCAAUAACCUAGUUUCUGACUGCUGUGAUCUCCUCCCCUGCUCAGUGGUGGUUCCGACGGAGGCAUAGGCCGGCGGCAGGCGACGGCGAACAACGACUAAGGCCCAGGUAAGUUCACCCCAUCCCCAGACCUAGCCGGAAACUUUAACCCCCACAUCCCUAACCAGAUCUGUCCCAGCCGUCGGAUCCUUAGUCGCCGGUCUCCCCGAAGCACUACCAGCCUCCUUCACUGAUUUACCAGCCAUCCUCCAAAUCGAUCUCCGCUCCCCGAAGGCCUUUGACUAGUUUGCGCCAGCCUUUAGCCCUAGACAGUGCCCCCAACCACCCACUGCUGAACCCCAGACGACGCCCCCAGUGGCCUGCCACCCCACCCCAACCUCAGGUCGCAGAACUCCUCCACCGUUCAACCGUAAUCCACACGUAGGCAGCUUAAUCCAACCCAGAUCCUACCAGCCACCCUGCUUCUACCUGCCUCCGCCCCACCCUGCUGCCUUUUUCUAUUUUUCUGCAUUAUUGGCUGUUGUGUAUCUGUAUUGCUUUUGUUGAGUUUUUUAAUCUUGCUUAUUGUGCUGUGCUAUAUUUCUAUUAUUGGUGCUGCCUCUUAGUAAUAAUUACUCUAGUGUUGUAUUCUUGGUGUUUAUAUUUUGUAUAAUUACUUUUCCAUCAUCUCCGAUGGAGCCAAAAAUUCCCCGUUUUUUGGCUUUGGGGUGUAAUGGAAUAAAGCAAAAUGGAUCUCUAAACUGUUUGCGCUUCUUUGAUUAAUGAAGUAGCAGUUAGUCAAUCAAUGCAACUUUCAACGUUGAGCCGGAGGUCUCUUUGGAAACAGCUCUCUACUUUCGAGUAGGGGUAAGGUCUGCGUACACACACCCUCCCCAGACACUACUCUUGUGGAAUUCAACUAGGUUGUUGGUUCAAUGUUCCCAGCCCCCUUGAUCAAUUUGAUAUUCUCUCUAAUUGGUUCAGGACUCCUAAUGUAUAGUGUUUAAAAUGACCUUAGCCUAGGAUAGUAAUGGUCUGGUUCAAGAUCUUCAGUUCUCAUUUUUUGAGAACCUUUCCCGUACCAUUUUGGAAACGGAACAAUUUCGUUAUGUAUAUAAUUUAGUAGAUCCAUUUGAAAAUCUAUUUUUUAGUUCGCUACCACCUGGGUUCGAUUUGGAACAAUUUGGUGUAGGUAUUUUUGCCCACCUCUGGCAAAUUUCCUGAAAAAUUGCAUCCAAUCUAACAAACUGCAUUCGCUGUUAAAUGUUUAUGAAUUUUCUUAAAGUUUACCUAGCCAUUUAGACAUUUGCAGCAAUCUGAUGUUUCGUCCACUGCGAUGGCGCGUCUGUCGGUCAAUUAAGUGACUCACUCUGUUUAUCGGUGAACGAUUGUUAGACUUCAAGAGUAUGCUUUACUUACUUUUCGAGUCAAGUUUGGGGUUUGCUCUCUUCGAUGCGGGAGAGCUUGAUAGAGUGGGCAGAACUCCGAGUGCAAUGCUUAUUUCUGAAGAAUGGUUGAACACUUAUGAGGAAUUUAGCAAACUAGUGAGCAACAUCUAAAGGUUAGUUUCGUUUGAUUUUUGUAUUUGUUUAGGGUAUGAUUUAGUUGUGAGUACUUGUCUUUCACUAAUGUACUUUUUUGUUCUCAAGAAUUCUUACAGUUGAACUUUCACGUUUCCUGAAUGACAACUUCCCCAAAUCACCAAAGGCAAUUCUUGGUGUAGAUACGAAAAGCCCCGCACUUGCAAUACUAAAUAUUCGCCACAACGCAGAUAAAUAUACUCUCAAGAGGAUCCAAAUUCAUUUUGAGAGAUAUAUGGGGUUUUUGAAAAAGCCCAGUGUAGCCUUGCACAUAGUUAUAGCAGUGCUAAGGUUAUGUGUAAUACCAAUGGAAAUUACAAUAUGAUCAUCCAAGCAAUUUUGAUUUUGUAUACUUUCAACAAGGAUUUUAAUUCUAUGGGUAUCCGACUCAAAGAGCGGUUUGGAUGUCACUUCCAUGAGUUGGUGAAGUUGGUUGAUAAUGGUUAUCUAUAUGCAAGAGUUAUAAAGGUGAUAGAUUACAAGUCAAUGUUGACUGUCAAUCACAUUUCAACCUUAGCAACCUUAGCAGAUAUCCUUGGAGAUGAAGACAAGGUGAAGGCUGUUGUAGAUACGGCUAAAGCCUCAAUGGGGCAUGAUUUGUCUCCAAUUGACAUAAUGAAUAUUCAAUGAUUUCCUCACCUUGUGACAGACUUCUAUGAGCAUAGAGAACAACAUUAUCAUUACCUAGCCUCCGAAAUGAAUGAUAUUGCACCAAGCCUGAAGUCUAUCACCAAGGAGCAAAUCGUUGAAUAUCCAUUGUGUCAAUUGGAGACAAAUCAUGCCCUACAUGUAAGAAAAUGCAAUUGAACAAAUAAUUAGACAUAUAUAGUUUAACAUAAAAGUUAUUUAUACGUAAAAAUAGAUAGGUACAAGGUAUGUCCUACCCAUUGAGGCUUUAGUAGCUUCUACAAAAGCCUUUGCCUUGUCUUCAUCUCCAAGGAUAUCUGCUAAGGUUGAAAUGUGAUUUUGAGUCAGCAUUGACUUGUCUUCUAUCACCUUUACAACUCUUGCAUAGAGAUAACCAUUAUCAAUGUCUUCUAUCACCUUUACAACUCUUGCAUAGAGAUACCAACUUCACCAACUCAGGGAAGUGACGUCCAAACCACUCCUUGAGUUGGAUAGCCAUAGAAUUAAAAUCCUUGUUGAGAGUAUCCAAAAUAAAAAAAAUACUUGGAUGAUCAUAUUGUCAUUUCCAUUGGUAUUACACAUAACCUUAGCACUGCUAUAACUACGUGCAAGGCUACGCUGGGCUUUUUCAAGAUCACCGAGGUUCAACCCCAUAUAUCUCUCAAAAUUAAUUCGGAGCCCCCAAGUAUAUUUAUCUGCUCUGUGGCGAAUAUUUAGUAUUGCAAGUGCGGGACUUUUCGUAAAUACACCAAGAAUCGCCUUUGGGGAAUUUGUCAUUCAAGAAACGUAAAAGUUCAACUGUAAGAAUCCCUGAGAACAAGAAAAUACAUUAGUGAAAGAUAAGUACUCACAACUAAAUCAUACCCCAAGCAAAUACCAAAAUCAAAUGAAAUAACCUUUAGAUGUUUCUUUUACUUGUUUCUUUGCUUUAACGUAUAAAUAACCUUUAUGUUAAACUGUAUAUAUAUUUAAUUAUUUGUUUAGUUGCAUUUUCUUACAUGUAGGGCAUGAUUUGUCUCCAAUUGACACAAUGGAUAUUCAACGAUUUGCUCACCUAGUGACAGACUUCUAUGGGCAUAGAGUACAACAUCAUAACCUAGCCUCCAAAAUGAAUGAUAUUGCACCAAACCUGUAUAUCUCUUAUAGGUGUUGUUAUUGGGGCUAGGUUGAUAUCUCUGUUUGGCAGUCUGAUUAAUCUAGCUGGCUUGUGCCCGUUUACACUUCAAGCCUUUGGCAAAGAGGAAACAUUCUACACGUAGUGCUUAUCUAUGCGUGUUGUAUAUUAUAGUUAGUAAUUAGAUGGUUUAGUUGUAAAAUCUAACUUCUGACUUCUGAGGUUAUACUGCAUUCUUGCUUUCUUGAAAGUAUGUUUUAAUUCUCCAAACUGGUUACAAUU